AUGAAGCACAAGGAUAGGCAGCUGGUUAAUGGGACAUGGGUCGAUGAGAUUCUCAAGCAGGGUGUUAUCUCUGAGAUCGAUCCUAUCAAGAGUCUUGUGCCCUUUCUUCUGUUCGACAUGUCCAUUGCUGAAAAACAAGUCAUAAAGAAAAGAGACCCGAGCCAUCGGCCUUCCCCACCACCUCUGCCAACUGUUGUAGCACAAGUGACCAACACCUCCAGAAGGAACAACACUGGGGAGCCCGAGAUUUCGACCUCAAGACGCAAGUCGAAAGCCACCGCCGGAACAAACCCCAUGCACCACCCACGUGCCGACAACUACUCAACUACCACCAUUAAAGCAUCCAAACCUGGGAAGAAGACUAGGCGACCUGGGCAACCGUUACCUCGCCAAGAGUACUGCCUGACCGGAGCCGGCCAGAUGUCGACAAUCGUCGUGGGAACAGCGCGCCUGCACGGUGGGGAGGUCCACCCGAUUAUGUGA